AUGGUGGUGGCAACAUUUAUGCUUGUCAAGAUUGAGGAGAACUGGUGUCAGUACACAGUAAAGAAGACGGUUUCAUGCCAGUCACAAAACGGAACAGAAACAUUGGUUCAGAGGCUUUUCCAAAGUUGCCGAUGGCCAGGACCCUGCUCAAAUCUCAUCAGUUACAGGACUCUAGUCAGGCCUAAGUAUAAGGUAACGUAUCGUCAGGUUACCUCACUGGAGUGGCGUUGCUGUCCUGGGUUUCAUGGAGAUGACUGUAAAGAAGAGUGCAUGAACUGCACUGGCUAUACGGACAUUAACGAUCGUCUCAGUAAAAUGGAAGCGCAGAUAAUGCUGCUAACAGAGUCGAGUGUGUCUCCGCCCAUUCCAAUCAACCAUUCGCCCGAAAGUUCAAAAGACAAUGAGGUGGAUGUGUCACACGGGCCCCCCACUGGGUCUCGCGUUAUUGGUCCAAGGGGACCUCCAGGGCCUACUGGGCCUCCAGGUUCUCCUGGAUCUCGUGGACCAUCAGGGGAAAUGGGUUUGACAGGAAAACCAGGACCUGUUGGACCCAGAGGACUACAGGGGCCACGUGGUCUCCCAGGAGAGCGAGGACUUCCUGGACCUCCUGGACCUCCCGGGCCAGCCUCCCCCUUCUCCGUGAGAGGAGAUGUGUUCACGCUGACAGCCAGAAAGAAUGGCGCUUAUGAAGAGAGUGCGUUGCCCAUUAAUCACGACCCCAGACGGUCCCUCGGCCCCCCUGGUCCCGCCGGGCCCCCCGGCCCCCCAGGUCGUCCUGGACCAGCUGGACAACCGGGUCUCCCAGGCAUCCCGGGACAAAAUGCUGAUUCAAGUAUCUCUGGUAGACCAGGAGCCCCAGGGCCUAAGGGAGACCCAGGAGAGAGGGGCACUCCAGGGCCAAAGGGUGAACCAGGAAUCAGUCACACAGAGGUUCAGCAGCUCAGGGAAGCACUGAAAAUUUUGGCAGAGAGAGUUCUCAUUCUAGAACACAUGAUUGGCGUUCAUGGAGCCUGGCAGAGUGCAUCGAGUAAGGAGGGGUCCCGACUAGACCCGCACGACCAGUAG